UCUGAUUGGUCACCGUGAGCCUGGGCUCGCGCUCCCUCGCGCUCCCUCGCGCCCUGGCGGUCUGGGUUGGCGGGAGGUUCGGAGUGUCCCGUGGUGUGCAGCUGUUUGCCGUCGAGUGAAGUAACUGCUCUCGGCUCCCACUGAGGCCGGACGCCCCAGGAGCUUAUCCUGCUCGCCAUUUGUUCCACAGACCUCGAGCCCGGGCCUCCUGCCAUUCUCAGAGAGCAGUGCCCUCUGGGUCACAGACUUCAAGGUAGCUGGCUGCAAGGACAGGAAUCUUUUCAGGAACCAGAAUGAGACACAAUCAGAUCUGUUGUGAGACACCGCCCACAGUCACUGUUCAUGUAAAAUCAGGAUCAAGUAGAUCUCAUCAGCCAAAAAAACCUAUUAAUCUUAAGCGUCCUAUUUUUAAAGAUAAUUGGCAAACAUCUGAAAAAAAUGCACACAAUAAUAACAAGUCUAAACGUUCCAAAGGACCAUGUCUAGUUAUACAGCGUCAAGAAAUGACUGCUUUCUUUAAAUUAUUUGAUGAUGACUUAAUUCAAGAUUUCUUGUGGAUGGAUUGCUGCUGUAAAAUUGCAGAUAAGUAUCUUCUGGCUAUGACCUUUGUUUACUUCAAGAGGGCUAAGUUUAGUAUAAAUGAACAUACCAGAAUAAAUUUCUUUAUUGCUCUGUAUCUGGCUAAUACGGUUGAAGAAGAUGAAGAAGAAUCAAAGUAUGAAAUUUUUCCAUGGGCUCUGGGAAAAAACUGGAGGAAAUUAUUUCCUAAUUUCUUAAAGUUAAGGGAUCAGCUUUGGGAUAGGAUUGACUAUAGGGCUAUUGUAAGCAGACGGUGCUGUGAAGAGGUUAUGGCUAUUGCUCCAACACAUUAUAUAUGGCAACGAGAGCGAUCCAUGCAUCACAGUGGGGCUGUCAGAAACUACAACAGAGAUGAAGUUCAGCUGCCCCGAGGACCUAGUGCCACACCAGUAGAUUGUUCACUUUGUGGUAAAAAAGGAAGAUUUGUAGGACUGGGAUUGUCUUCAUCAUCUUCCUCAUCAUCCAGUGGCACAUUAGAAAUGAUGGAGAAAUUCUCAUCUCAAGAAUCAUACAACUCAUUCUCAGUGGACUUACCACUUGAACCACCUCAAUCUUACUGUUAUUCUCAAGCCACUGAUAACCUAUCAAAAAAGGGAAGGAAAACUACUUGCAUGAAGCAGGAUAAAUCUAUGGAGUGGUUUACAGGCAAUGAAGAAUGAAAUGGCUCAACGAAACCAACUUGGAUCAUUAAAUAUAAAAUGUCUGAAUGUAAUUUCAAGAUGUGUCAAAAUGAGGUAAUAUAUGGUUUGUUUGUUUUUAACAGUUGCACAGUUGCCUGUUCAUUUAGCUUUCAUAUUUUUAAAAUUGUAUGUAAAUAAAGAUUUGUAAAUCAAAGUAAUAACAAACACAAAACAACAAAUCUGUUAAAAUAAUCAUUUACAAUAUUAAGUUUAUCUUGGUACUUUGCAAUCUUGAAAUUAGUUGUAGUCAGCCAUCUGGAGUACUUGGUUAAUGUUCUGGGUUGAACUUCCUCAAUUUGACAAGAAAAGCUAAUUUAAGAGAAAAAAGCAGUGUCAUUAAAAUGACAUAGAAUUCACUUAACAUGGGUAACUGAGUUUAAAAUGUUAAAUUAUAAAUGUGGUUUAAGACAUUUAACAUUUUAUUUAAUGUAAAAAUUAUUUCUUGAAUAUCACUCACCUGUGUGAUUAUAAUUAGCUUGAUAAUGAAAGGGUCUAGCAAUGUAGGGAAUUGAGCUAUAUGGAAAACCAGGAAGUGAUUCACCUAGAUUCAAACAAACAAUUUAUGUAAUAAAAUACAAAGAAAUCUUCAAAACUUGAUUUAAGAGCUAUCAAUGUAUCUUAACAUUACUCCUCCUUUGUUAAUAUAUUUUUAAUCUUUGGUUAAUACAAUAUUUUCCCCAGGUAAGUUAAUUCUAUAUUCAUUUUUCAUCUCUGCUGUCUUAAAAAAUAAACUUGUCAAAACAUAA